AUGAUCCCAUUCAGUGAAGGAUGAGGAAAUAGCAAGCAGACUGUGUUCCUUUUAUUAGGUGAUUCAAACUGUUUCCUGCCUGAUUAACCUCAAAAAUCCUUAAAAAAUUGAGGAUAUCUAACAGAACCUUGGGAGAAGGAAUUGUGGUUUUUUUAGAAGAGUUUUUGAUUAAAGUUCUUGGCUGAAGAAGAAAAGAAGCAAGUUGUCUUUCACCCAGACGUUGGUUUGUGGUUUGGAUUCCCCAUGGCUUCCAGCCACGCUUGUAACCUCAGGGUGCUGGUGGCCGUCGUGUGUGGCCUGCUGACUGCCGUUGUUUUGGGAUUGGGCAUCUGGAGGCUGGUGAUCAGGAUCCAGAGAGGAACAGUUACGCCUUCAUCAAGCACCCCUAUAGAGUUCUGCAAGAAUGGUGGAACCUGGCAAAAUGGCAGAUGCAUUUGUCCAGAAGAGUGGAAAGGACUGAGAUGUACAAUCAUUAAUUUCUGUGAAAACAGUACCUAUGGGAAUUUUACUUUUAACAGAAUUCCCGUGGGAAGAUAUGGAUCAUCCUUGCAAGUAUGUGACAAGAACACUCUAAAUGCGGGCAAUCCAUUGGCAAUUCGGCAGUGCAGUUUUAAUGAAAAUGGAGAAAUAAAAUUACAAAAUGUGACGAUAGGAAAUUGUAAUCAAAAUCUGGAAACCCUGGAAAAGCAGAUUGUCAAUAUCUCAACACAGUCUCAAAGUAUUUCUAAUGAAGUCCAGAUUUUAACAUCAAAUGCCAGUAAAUUAACUCCUGAGAACAUCAUGUCUGCUACUAAAGUGGUUGGACAGAUUUUUAACACAUCCAGGAAUGCUUCAUCUGAGGCGAAAAAAGUUGCUGUGACAACAGUGAGUCAACUUCUAGAUGCCAGUGAAGAUGUUUUUCAAAGAACUGCUACUGCUGCUGAUAGUGAUGAUGCCUUUGCAACGCUUAUUGAGCAAAUGGAGACAUAUUCCUUGUCUUUGGGCACCCAGCCAUUGAUAGAACCUAAUAUAGCAAUACAGUCAGUUAAUUUCUCUUCAGGAGGCAAUGAGGGGUCUACAGGUGUUCUGUUCACUGUACUGAAAGGAGCUAGCGAUUCUCUGACUUUUGGUUCCACAUCUGUAAAGGUAGACGUAGACAAACUGAAUCCCGAUGAACAGGCUGAACUUCAGAUCUUGCUGAACACCUCGAAAAUUAAUGUCAAGGCAUGUGGCUUUGUAGUGUAUCAAAACAACAAGCUUUUCCAAUCAAAAACUUUUAUAACUAAAUCAGACUUUAGUCAAAAAAUUGUCUCAAGCAAAACAGAUGAAAACGUGGAAGAUCAGAGUGCUUCUGUUGAAAUGGUCUUUAAUCCAAGGUACAACCGAACAGAAUUCCAGCUUCAUUCCUAUGCCUGUGUCUAUUGGAAUUUUUCCAUGAAGGAUUGGGACACACACGGCUGUCACAAACGGGGGGCCACUAAUGGAUUUCUAUACUGCUACUGCAACCAUACUACUAACUUUGCAGUAUUAAUGAGUUUCAAAAAGGAAUAUAAAUAUCCUGAAUCACUAGAUGUAUUUUCCACAUUUGGAUGUGCACUGUCCAUUGCUGGUCUGGCUCUCACAAUUAUAUUUCAGAUCGGCACCAGGAAAGUCAGAAAAACCUCAGUCACCUGGGUGUUGGUUAGUCUGUGUGUGUCCAUGUUGAUCUUCAACCUCUUCUUCGUGUUUGGCAUUGAAAACUCCAAUAAGAACGUAGAGACAAGCAGUGGUGAGACCAGUGGUGCUAACCUGAGUGAGAAUGAAAUGCUCAGACAGGACACUGUUGUCGUCGCGAAUCCCAAGUGCACUGCGGUGGCUGUCUUGCUGCACUACUUUGGGUUAGCGACCUUUGUCUGGAUGGGACUCAGUGCGGCCCAGCUCUGCUUCCUGCUGAUCAGGACCAUGAAGCCGCUUCCUCAGCAUUUCAUCCUCUUUACCUCUUUAAUUGGAUGGGGAGUCCCGGCUGUAGUGGUGGCUGUGACAGUGGGAAUUAUUUGUUCUCAGAAUGGAAAUAAUUCACAGUGGGAGUUAGACUACCGGCAAGAGGAAAUCUGCUGGCUGGCAACUCAAGGAAGCAGUGGUUUGAUAGCAAGUCCAUUGUUGUGGUCAUUCAUUGUACCUGUGACCCUUAUCCUCAUCAGCAACAUUGUUAUGUUUAUUAUCAUUGUAAUCAAAGUACUGUGGAAGAAUAAUCAGAAUCUGACAAGCACAAAGAAGGUUUCAUCCCUAAAGAAGAUUCUUAGCACAUUAUCCGUUGCAGUUGUCUUUGGAAUUACCUGGAUUCUGGCAUACUUAAUGCUAACUGAUAAUGAUGACAUCAGGGUGAUCUUCAGCUACAUAUUCUGCCUUUUAAACACAACUCAGGGAUUGCAAAUUUUUAUCCUCUACACUGUGAGAACAAAAAUCUUCCAGAGCAAAGCUUCCGAAGUGUUGAAGUCGUUGUCGUCCACCACUGGGAGAGUGAAGGUGCUGCCGUCAAUGCCACUGAGGCUGCGUGUGAGGAUGUAUAACAUGAUCAGGUCGUUUCCAGCCCUACACGAACGUUUCAGGCUGCUGGAGCCAUCUACACUUAGCGAGGAGAUGUCUGAGAGUGAUCAAGUAAACCCAAGCAUCUAGACAGUAAAACUGUUCCCUUUUGUGGCCCUCUUUUUAUUCAGCUUUUUCUAUUUCCUUCCUUUAUUAUCCAGUCUUCUCAUAAAAUCUCCCUCAGUAUAUUUUGCUUAAAGUUAAGACUUAGAUAAAACUUGUUGUUUAUUAUCAUCAGGAAUGGUGGAUUUGGUAGUUUUUCUAUUAUUUAAUAGAGUCUUACCCCAAUGAAGUGAAGAAUUCCACUCAGCUUUCAAGAUAAGUCAAUUAUCAUUGCUCCCUACAUCAUAAAGUCUGUGUGACAAAGUUUGAUAAAAAUAUAGAACCUAAAACAAAUUCUUUUACAAUUUACCAAAAAGGACACAAAGAGAAAAAUUUGAAAAAUUUUGAAAAAAAACAGAACAAAAUGGUUUCUGGUCAACACUACAAGGAGUUGCUUGUAUGCAUCAUACUUCUGAUCUUUGAAUAUUUUAAAUUUGUAUGUGCUUAUACUUUUAUUUCCAGUCAAGAACUUUGCACUUAUUUAACCUCUGGAAAGGUUUUUUUCUUUUUUCCUGUUAAAACAAAAAGCAUAUUUUAUGCCCAGAGGAAUUGAGUCCAUGAGAAUUGGGAAGUGAGACACAGAAAAAUGAGCUGGUUGCUAAAGCCUCUAUUUCCUUCCAGUUCUUGAUACAUCUAUCCUUUUAUUGAUGAAAUGACAGUGAGGCUCAGAAAAUGAAAAGUUAGUCAUUAUCACCCUUUAUGACUUCUUUUUUUUUUUCAUUUAUUUUUAUUAGUUGAAGGCUAAUUACUUUACAAUAUUGUAGUGGUUUUUGCCAUACAUUGACAUGAAUCAGCCAUGGAUUUACAUGGGUCCCUUAUGACUUCUAAAAGAUCCAGCUGCUCAUGAGGUUUCAAACACUUGAAUUAUGAAUGGCUUCCUAAAUAAAAAAUGACCUCCCCUGGGUUGGAAAGAGUACUCCCACUGGACUUCAGAGAGAGAGUCUUUGAAAUGCUAUGUUCUGUUUUGUCAUAAACGAGGCACCUGCUGUGAGUGCCCUGAGCUAAGGGACUAACAAAUGUCAAGUAAGCCGUGGCAUACCAUUCUCCCCACGCCUCAAAGAACAUGUGUUUUCUAUAGAAAUGGUUGUAAAUGACUGUCAGAUUUCUAGGUGAGCCAAGAGCCUACUCCAUCUGUAGUAUAAUUGAGACCUUAAAGGAUAAUGGAAAAUGUAAGAGAAUAAGUAAAGCAAUUCUCUGAGGGCAGUGUUUUUAGUGGUGUUAUAGUCACAUCCCUAGACAGGGGCUGGACGUUGGGAAAAUUACAAGAUGCGGUUGACCUACUUGACGUCCUGGAGUUUAUAUUCAGAUGAAAAUAAACCUUAAGUGGAGGCCACUUUAAAUGUUGAAAAAAAUCACCAAAGAGUGACAUUUAGCCUGAGGGUGAAACAUGUGUUCCCUUGGUGGUUUUAGUUUUCUAUGUACUUUUUCCAGCAUUAUGGGAGGUGCAGCAAACUGAAAUUCCAUAUACCAUUCCUGGGAAGGCUCUACCACAAAUGCGAAAGAACCACAUACUGUGCGUGUUGUGGAGGCUAAGUCAGGCGAACACUGAUGUUCCCCUACCUUCCCUGAAAUUCUGCCUCUUGGAAAUAAUUCUAUUGAUUUAAGCCUGCACUGGUUGGGAAUCUUUUUUUAGUUUAGUGAUCCAGCUUGAGGGGAACAACCAUCCUGACUUUGGGGUUUCCUUUCCUGGAUCUUAACAAUUCAGAGAUUACUGUUCGUCAGUCUGAAUUAUUUUUUCUCUUACCCUUUCCAUUUUGAAGUUCAUGUUGCCUUUUUUUUUUUUUCCCUGUUACCAACAAAAGGAGAUCAUUCUCAAGCCCACUGUCAUUGCCUCCUUCAGAAGAGCUUGGCAUUCUUGGCCAAUGCUUGGAAAACCUGGGCCAGAAGUGCUGACUGUAUCAUACCAGCCAGUCAACCACUGGGGCUCUCUAGCCCUGUGGGAUCCCCUUACUGUGACCCUGGGAUCUUCGGGACCUGGCUCCUCAGAUGAGGCCCAAGUAGAGCCACCAGGAUUGGUUCCAACCCCAGGGGCGGGGGGUGCGGUGGGGAACAUAGGGCUAGAGGGGGAGGGGCCAGUUACUAAGAGAGGAAGGAGCUUCCUGUUGACAUUUUUAAAAACCUUGUGCUAACCAUAUUAUGGCAAUUUUAGAUCUGUAUAAAUUAUCUUUUUCAAAAAAGCAAAAUCAGUAAUUCCCUGACCUAUCAAUAAUGUCUUUUUUUUUAAUGUUCCCUUUUACUCUUUGUGUGAAUACAUAAGAAUUUAAACAGCUGUAAUUAUAGCAAAUGAAAUGUAUUCUGAUUUGUCCUGACAGUUGCCCACUUGUUGCAAUAACUGCAUAAUAUAGCAUAAGUUACCAAGUGGUUCUGUUACUGAAUGUCUGUGUGCUACAUUGUUUCAGUCAUGUCCCACCCUUCGGCCCACCAGGCUCCUCCUUCCACAGGAUUCUCCAGGCAAGAAUACUGGAGUGGGUUGCCAUUUCCUCCUCCAGGGGAUCUUCCCAACCCAGGGAUCAAACCCCCUUACAUCUCCUGAGUUGGCAGGCAGGUUCUUUACCACUAGCGCCACAAAGUCUAGAUCAUUUCAAUUUUUAAUAUUAUAGUGACAUAUGACUAAUAAACUGGUAUAUAUUUUUUCCUUUCUUUUAAAUUAUUUCCUGAAGAUAAAUUCUCAGGAUGAUGAUAAACAUGUCAAAGGGAUGAACAUUUAAGUUCCUUGUGUAUACUAUUGUCUCGACAAAAAUGUGACCAACGUCAUGGAGUACCAUAAACAGUUUUUUGUAUACUGUUUACUUUGGUGGUGUUUAAUUUUUUAAAUUAUUCAUAGGUGUAUGUAGUCCAUUUAUCAAUUGAACUGUUAUUUUUUCUCAUAAAUUUGUAUGAAUUCUUUUCUAUUAUGGCUAUUAGCCCUUUAUUACAUUUAGUGACAAUAUUUUCCCCCAGUUUGUUUCCUCUCUUUAUAAUAUAAUAAAAUGCUCACUCUGCAUUUGAUACAAAAUAUCCAAAAGAUUUAUGGGAGCAUUUAGCAUUUCUUGAGUUUAAAUGUCUUCAUUCAGGCAGAGUUUUCUGUAUUAAGGAAUGAUUUUGUAUUAAGGAGUAGGUUAGGGAUUAUGUAAAAACUUCUAAAAUGAAUAACAGGGGUAUAAAUAUGCCAACCAUGGCCAAAGGAAUCAUGUAUUACAGACACAGGCCAUCUCUCACCCUUCAUUAUAUCGUGUAACAGUUGGGUGGAGUUCCAUGACAAAGUUAUUUUUUCCCUUCCAACAUGCUUUCUUUUUGCAUCUGUCCACCAUUUCUUAAAAUAAAACACUAAAUCUUGGAGAAGAUUAGCAACUAUUUGUUAACACACACAAAAACCUCAGGGAGAUUCAAAUGUUACACAUGCAUCAUCUGUAUUACUUCGCUUACAUUAAAAUGUCUAUUUGAAAAAAUAUAUAUAAAAGCUGCUGAAAAAUAGAGUAAGAAAAUCAGGAGGAAGAGAAAAUAAUCAUAGGAGCAAUAAGUAAGAAGAGAAGGACAAGAUCAGUACCCAAGGAACAUGUCUGGUGAGCUUAUAUUUUUGCUAUAAAAAGUGUGGGAGACCUGAGUUCAAUCCCUGGGUCGGGGAGAUCCCUGGAGAAGUGAAUGGCUACCCACUCCAGUGUUCUUGCCUGGAGAAUUCCAUGGACAGAGGAGCCUGGAGGGCUACAGUCCAAGGUGUUGCAGAGUCAGACAUGACAGAAACACCUUAGCACACACGCAUACAAUAUGAAAGUUACACAAUACAAAGACAGUGCACCUUAGGAAUCUUCAGUCUCUCAAGUGGGUCACUGAAGACUGUAUUUGUUUGGUUUAAGUGGUUUUCCUUAAUUUUGGCUAUUGGAGUUAAUUUUGUUUUGCUUUUUUUUUUAAACUUUUAAAAUGAACUUCAUUGUCAUAUAAUUUACAUGCAAUAAAAUGCACCCAUUUUAAGUGUAUAAUUAGAUGAGGUUUAACAAAUGUGUACACCUGUGAAACAAGAUUAAGAACAUUUCCCUCACCCUGUAACCUACUCUGCCCUAGUUAAAGCUUACUUCACCCUUCCCAGCUCCAGGCAACCACUUGUCUGCUUUCUGCCACCAUUUGUUAAUUUUGCCUGUUCCAGAAUGCCAUGUAAAUAGGACCAUAUCCUCUUUUGAGUCUGGCUUCUUUCAUUCAGCAGAGGGUCUUUGAGAUUCA